AACAACGCAUUAUGGCAGCAACGGAUUGACGCUGACUUCAGUGAAAAGGGUCAGCAGCUCCUGAUAUUGUGGCGAUUCCUCCAGAACUUGACACUGCACGACCUUCACGUCGACGAACGCAUAGCUGACAUGGAUCUGGAAGCGUACUGGGGACAGGGUGAGGGCGCCAAGGAAGUACUCAGUGGGCAGCUCGAAGACAUCAUGCACCGUUUCCUACGCGAGCUUUUCGGUCGAUCCGUCGAAGUGGACCCUGUCCAUGAAUUGCAGCCUGAACGAGUCGAUAAGCAGUCUUUGUCGGCUCGAGACGACAGCAUUGUUCGCGUGGUCGCCCAUUGUUUCUUGCGUGUGCUGUCGUCUCGCACGGUCCAGCGUCGUCUUCACUCGGCAUGGGCCGUGCGGGAUGAUGUCCCGACCAAGGAGCAGCUUCAUGAACGAUUCGUCAGGAUGGUAUCAAGUCUGUACGAUGCCUUUGAGAGCGACCUGCGCGAGAUGGCAAGGGAGAGUGGGUUGAAGUUGGCGGAGAACGGAAGCAAAUACUUGCCGAUUCUCGUUGACGACGUGCUCUCGAUUGUAUAUGGUCGAGCGCGCUUCAAGGUGUUGCGGCCGUCGAUGUCGACAUUGCUCAUGGGUCUGUCGGCUCCAGGCUCGGUAGCGGAUGCCUUGAACCACGCUUUCGAAGCUUUUACGGCUCAGGCUCGAGAAGCUAUGAUCUCAUCCGCAGCUAGAAACCACGGAGACCCUCAACCCUCGCGAGCUAUCGAAGGCGACGAACCAAGAAUUGACACACAGCGUGCGUGGAAUCGUCGAUGGUUAUUGAAACCAUCAUCAAUAGAAGUCAUUAACGGCGGGCCAGACCGAUUCCGCGACCUCCUCCUAGUUGACUUAGCGCGGCUAGUGUACGAGUUCGGACGGCUGGACGUUGUUGUUGAUGAGGACUCACGCCUACUAUCGUUGCGAUCGGCGCUUUCGAGCACUAGCGGCACAUCCGCGUCAUCGAUGGACCUGGUGCUUGACGGCCGUCUUCACGUGUUUCGCGCUCUUCCAAGCGGCUUGUCCUCCAUGAUUCCGACGACUGGAGGCUGGUCCGUUGGAGACUACGUGGCCGAGUUCUCGAGCGACAUGGAGACGUUGUACGUGGAUCUGUUCGUCUUUGCCGAG